UCUCGCUCGCUCCGUCCCAUCCCCCCUAGCCAGUCGCUCUGCUGCGCAGCUCCCCGAGCGGUUACCACUCCCGGAGACGGUUGGGAGGACCGUUGUGGGGCGCGCUCCCCGAGCCCAAGGACCUCUCCUCUCCUCCGCGCCGGACCCCACGAACACCGGAGUCGGCGCUGCUGUCGCCUGACAGGGUAUCUGGAGUAAAAGGGGCAUUUAAAUCAAACGGUUUUGAGAUGGAUUGGGUUAUGAAACAUAAUGGUCCAAAUGACGCUAGUGAUGGGACAGUACGACUUCGUGGAUUGCCAUUUGGUUGCAGCAAAGAGGAAAUAGUUCAGUUCUUUCAAGGGUUGGAAAUCGUGCCAAAUGGGAUAACAUUGACGAUGGACUACCAGGGGAGAAGCACAGGGGAGGCCUUCGUGCAGUUUGCUUCAAAGGAGAUAGCAGAAAAUGCUCUGGGGAAACACAAGGAAAGAAUAGGGCACAGGUAUAUUGAGAUCUUCAGGAGUAGCAGGAGUGAAAUCAAAGGAUUUUAUGAUCCUCCAAGAAGAUUGCUGGGACAGCGACCGGGACCAUAUGAUAGACCAAUAGGAGGAAGAGGGGGUUAUUAUGGAGCUGGGCGUGGAAGUAUGUAUGACAGAAUGCGACGAGGAGGUGAUGGAUAUGAUGGUGGUUAUGGAGGUUUUGAUGACUAUGGUGGCUAUAAUAAUUAUGGCUAUGGAAAUGAUGGUUUUGAUGACAGAAUGAGAGAUGGAAGAGGUAUGGGAGGACAUGGCUAUGGUGGAGCUGGUGAUGCAAGUUCAGGUUUUCAUGGCGGUCACUUUGUACAUAUGAGAGGAUUACCUUUUCGGGCAACUGAGAAUGACAUCGCUAAUUUCUUCUCACCACUAAAUCCAAUACGAGUUCAUAUUGAUAUUGGAGCAGAUGGCAGAGCAACAGGAGAAGCAGAUGUAGAAUUUGUGACACAUGAAGAUGCAGUAGCUGCCAUGUCUAAAGAUAAAAAUAACAUGCAACACCGAUAUAUUGAACUCUUCUUGAAUUCUACUCCUGGAGGUGGCUCUGGAAUGGGAGGCUCUGGAAUGGGAGGCUAUGGAAGAGAUGGAAUGGAUAAUCAAGGAGCUUAUGGUUCAGUAGGAAGAAUGGGAAUGGGGAACAAUUACAGUGGAGGAUAUGGUACUCCUGAUGGCUUGGGUGGUUAUGGUCGUGGUGGUGGAGGCAGUGGAGGUUACUAUGGCCAAGGUGGCAUGAGUGGCGGUGGAUGGCGUGGAAUGUAUUAAAGAAAAACUACCAACCCAACAUAAAAGCCCUGACAACAGCAUCUGGUCUACUAGACUUUCUUACAGAUUUCAUUUCUUUUGUAUUUUAAGAACUUUAUAAUGACUGAAGGAAUGUGUUUUCAAAAUAUUAUUUGGUAAAGCAACAGAUUGUGAUGGGAAAGUUUUCUGUAGGUUUUAUUUGUUGCAUACUUUGACUUAAAAAAUAAAUUUUUAUAUUCAAACCACUGAUGUUGAUACUUUUUAUAUACUAGUUAAUCUUAAGGAUGUACUGCUUUCAUAAGAUUUGGGUUUGAUGUAUUUUACUAUAGCUCUACAAGUAGUAUAGAUACGAUUUUAGAGGCAGUGUUUCACCUCUUAAAACAUUCAAGUCUUAAGCAGACAUCAGAAAUAAAGCUUGGAAAUAAUUAGUGUAUCUUUUUCUUAAUUUCUUCUGGACAAUAUUGUAAAUAUAAAAACCUCAAGAUGAGCUUAGAUGGCUUCAGAAGUAUAAAUUCAGUUAACUCUGUAUAGUCAUUCUUUCAAGUGUCAUUUAUCAGGUAUUGCUCUGAAAUGUUACUCUAAAAAGGCAUCUGGAGUUCUCAAUAUUCAUUGGUGUGUUGCCUGGGGAUGGAAGUGUUAGAAGAUUGAAUUCUAGCCCUAGAUUUUUAGAAUAAAAUUACCUUGUUUGACUGAAGUACCAAAAUACUUCUUUAAAAUGAUGGUUGUAUGUUAUCAAAUAUAGAGGUAUUGACUGCAGUAUAAUCCUCACAGAUAAAGAUGGGUUUUAAAUAAUUGUAAAUGAGUUAAAAGUGUAAGAGAAAAGUCCAUGUAUUCAAUUAAAAUGAGGGUCCUGCAUCUGAUACCUGUUUGGAGCCAUUGUUCUUUUUUUAAUGCAAGGAAAAGGUGCUUUUACUUUUAAUCCCUUUGAUCAAUGUUUUUGGUUUUUUUUUUUUUUCAAAUUGGCUAUUGAUCAAAAAUGAAAUAAACCUGUCAAUGUGAAUUCGGUUAUUGAACUUGUUACUUUUUUUUGCGAGAAAUGUUAAUGUAAUAAAUACCGAUAUGGGAGAUAAUA